CAUGUAACAGUUGAUUGAAAAUAACAGCAGUUGAAAAUUUGGAAUUGCGACCGCUUCUUGUUAACGAUGGAAUGAAACUGUCGUUAAAUAUGACGAAAUAUUUCUUAGCUAUGCCAUGAUGCAAGUACCAGGAAAGUUAAAGGUUGUUCCUAUUUUGAAAACUGAUCCAGACUUAGAUCAGAAGUGGUUAGAAUUCACGAUACAGAGCAUUUUCAGAGAAGAGCAGCUCACAUCUCUUUAUGAUGAGCUUGCUAAAUCUGGUGAACUGCUUCCUCAAGCAAGAGAUGCAUCCAUUAAUCCAGAUGGAUUCUUGUCACAAAGAGCUGAAAAUGGGACAUACUACUGUGGGCAGCCAGUUUUGUCAUGUGAAUGCUGUGAUGUUAUAUGUGGACCCAAUCAAGGAUGUAGUUGCUCUAGUUGUCAGACUGUUGAAGCCUAUGAAUUAGAGAAAGAAAAUGAUGGUAAAGACUGCCCGCCAUUGCUGCACCCACCAAAAUCAUGGUUUUGGGGUGAUGAGCUUACAAAGGAUCACCUAGAGCAAUAUUUGUAUUCAUUGGAGAUUAAUCAGAGAAAUAUAAUCCAGGAAACAAUGAAUUCAGUGAAGUCCUUUGGAAGACUGAAUAAACGCAUAGCUGUUCUUGCCAGACAUCUUGCAGCCCUCUCUAGACAAUGUUUUGGAGAAGCAAAGAAGGAGGUUGCAAGAAAAAUAAACAAAACAAAUGCAACUGAGGAAAAUGCAAAGGAAAAACCUCAGUCAGAGAAUGAAUGCUAUGCAGAACUUGCAAGAAAUGGAAUUCAGACCAUGUUGACAUUUGCCUUUCAAAUUCUACAACGCUCUUGGAGCAGGGGAGAAGAUCUUGACCUUUGUAGUGGAUUAUUAACUGAAGCAUUACAGACUUUGCAGAAAUUGCCUGAAGCUCUUUUGUUUAAUGAUGGUGAAACAUCUCCAUUAUGGAAUGAAGUCCUUUUCAUGUCAUCAGCAUUUUUAGAAAAAGUGGUCCUUGGCACUGACUGCAAAACUGUCCCAAUCAAAGACAGACAGAAAGCACUUGUGCUCCUCUUUGAAAUUGCAUUCCAGCAUGGCUCUUUACACCAAAUAAUACAGGUGGUUAUCAUUUCUCUGAAAUUGUGCAUUUCACAGGAAGAUCUGACUUUGACAAAAGUACCACUGGGGAACAUUAUUCAAAGACUGUGCAAAUUGACCAAAGAUGUCAACCCAGUAACAGCAUGGGGAUCAAAGGAUUCUAAGAAAGGUGAUCUCACUGGAUACUACUUGAAAAAUGUAGCACCGAUACAAUGUGAAGGCACUGAUGGUGAUGAUGAUGAAGAAAGUCGUUUUGACCUUCAUGAUGUCACAAUUGAGGUCCUUAGGUACCUGAGUAGUUUGACAGUUUUGUAUGCAGCACCAUCCCAAGAUACCCAAGAGAAAGACACUGUUGAGGAGGAUGGAUUCAAACAUGAGUUGUUAUUCUGGGGUGGCAAAAGCAACCCUUCAAUGCCACACAAACCAUCACUAUGUGGCACUGUUGUGGAGAUCCCCAUUAAGCAAAUCUGCAUCACAGAAGCCGCAAUGAUUGUCCUGACACGAUACCAAAGAGUUUACACAUUCCAAGUAAAUGCAGAUAGCUUGAAAUUCUGCCGUCUUGUGGAUUUACCUGCAAGGAUUCAAGUUGGCAAAAUAGCCGCUAGUCUGGAUGGUCGCCAUUAUCUUGCCCUGACCUCUACUGGAGAGGUAUUCUCUUGGGGUAACAAUGAACAUGGCUGCCUUGGGGUUGGAGUCGCUGUGGAUGGAAGUAUUCCUGCACAUUCACCGAUUCCAGCGCUAGUAGGAAAACGAGUUGUACACAUCGCAUGCGGAAGUGCAUACAGUGCGGCGGUGACCGAAGAUGGUGAACUUUACACAUGGGGUAGUGGAGAGAAUGGAAGGCUAGGCCACGGAGGUUGUACUGAUUUUUCCUCACCAAAGCUUGUCGAAAAAUUUAAAGGGAUGCAAGUUACUGACAUUGCGUGCGGAAUGGGAAACGCCCACACGCUUGCAGUAACAUCUGAUGGAAAAAUCUGGUCUUGGGGCGAUGGUGCAUUUGGAAAGCUUGGAAGAGGCUCAGAAACGAGCACAGAUUUACCAGAAGCUAUUGAUUCACUCGAGUCUGUAAUGCAUGUUUGUUGUGGCUUAAAUUUCUCAGUUUGUUUGACCGAAGAUGGCAAAAUCUGGACAUGGGGUCGUGGAGACAGUUUCCAACUUGGCCACGGGACCAAAGAAGGCUCAAUCGUGCCCAAAGCCAUCGAGAGUUUAUUUGAAAACCCAAUAAUUGACGUUGCUGUCGGUUAUCACCAUUGUGUUGCUGUCACUCAAACCCGGUCUGUCUAUUUCUGGGGAUCACACGACUUCCAAGAUGAAGAGUCAGCUGAGAAAACCCCAACAUUUCUUGGGAGGAAAUCGGGUGCUUUGAAUGUCGGCAUAGCAGCUGGACCGUCUCAGACAUUCUGCUGGUCUGCAGGUAAAGCACGUGCAAUGGCGGCCAAAGUACCGUUUUCUAUUGAUAUUUGCAAAGAAACAUUUGAUAAGUUGAAUGACCUUUUGGAAAUAUGCGACCCCGCCAAUGCGAAGGAGAGCAAAAAUGACUGGCUCAAAGACAAUAGUGAUAAAAUUUGUGUGUGUGCCUUAAAACUGCUGAAACUGCAGCUUCUCGCUGCGAAAGCUUGUGCAUUGCAGCCCUUUGAAAGGAAACGGGGAGUUGAAGGAGACCAAUCUACUGAGGCGCUGAAAGCAAGAAUCAUAAGCCUUGCUUCGAGAGCAGAAGUUGAUCUUUCUGUGAGAUCAGAAGCUCAGUCAAUCCUCCGCAGAGGUUGGUCUAUUUUGCUACCUGCAGCAGAUGAGCGAAUCGUAGCGUUAAAAGCAGUUCUAGAUGAUGAAGAGGGUUCAAACGUCAACAUUCGAAAGCGCUUUUUGAUUGAUGUGUUAAUGGACAGCUUAGUUAAUGUCGGUGGCAUUGAUGCAGCUAUUGACAAUGGCAUCAAAGACCUCAUUGCAUCGGCUGCAAGACGACCAGAGGACGGGAAAUUUGAUCGAAGGUGUCUUGAUUUGGUCGGAGACUUCAUCGAACUGUUAUUGAAGAUUGUAACAAUCGACGCCUUGGAGAGGCUGAGUGAAAACGAUAUCGAGACUAUAUCGCAACGAAGUAAUUUUGCAUUUAUAGAAAAGAAUGUCUGCAUGAUUCUGCGAUACCAAAGAUUAUUAUUUGCAAGGCUCUUUAAAGGGAAUGCGAAGGACCAAUAUUGGCCGCUAAAAGGGUAUAUCUCAGAAACGAACCCGGAUAUCAAGUCAAUAUCGAUCUUGUUAAAGAGGUUCAUUCAAGCAAUGGUGACUUGUUGCAAAUCGCUUCUGAAGCAAGGCUAUGAACGGGUGCUCAAAGGCAAGGUUUCCUACAAUAAAAUGUCCAGCUUUCUGCUGCUAACUGUACCAGGGAUCGUGCUAAGAGAAUUUCUUAUUCUUUUGACCAUGGCUCAAAGUUUUGCUCCAGCCGUCGCAGCCACAUCAGAAGGAGUGUCACUUUUAGGAGAGCUUUUGGACCACCUUGACAUGUUCAAUCAUGUAAAUGGACAAUGGAAAAGUGACGAUUCUGAAGAUCUGACGUGGUUUUCUAAAGUGGAAACCAUCAAAACAUCGGAUAGCAAGCCAGAAAAGUCUGUAAGAAAAAUUUCUCAAAUCGACUUGGAUGAAAACGUUAAGCAGGGUAACACGUGGGUUGCCAUUCACAACAAAGUCUAUGACCUCAGUUUGAUGAAAGAUCAAGCUCCUUGCGGCGAAAUGCUGCUGGAACAUUAUGCAGGAAAGGAUGCUACUUCAGUUUUUGACUCAAUGCACCAUUCAGACGAAGCAUUGGCGAUGAUGGACGCAUUCUUCAUUGGCGACCUCGAAACUAAGGACAAACCCGAUUUGGUUCCAGAAAAAGAAUGUACAAAAAUUGUCAACAUUUCCUCGUCAUUUCUCGACUCAGAACGCACGCUUGCCUGGAUUCUCGGUCUUCACGCGGGACAUCUUGCACGCGGUGUUCUUGUCACGUCUGAAGAGCUUGAGAAAAGAAAAUGGAUGGAAUCUAAGCUUUUUUGUGGUGGUGUGGAAAGUUCUGCAGUCCUCAAAGAUAUCUUCAAAUUUGAGGCAAGCAGCAACACUGAGGAAGAGUCAUUUGAGCUUGAAAGACUUCUUUAUGACCUGCCACUGAACAAAAUCAUGUUACAGUUCAUCGAAAAUACUCGAUUUGUUUCAUCGCAAAGGGAUGUCAUGUUUUCUGCCAUUGAGUUCCCUUCUGAUCACCCUGUGGAGAAAGCAACACGUGCUAUUAUGGCCGCUGCUAUUAAGCACCUUGACCUUAAGGAACAGGCUGUACUCUUGGCGAAGACCCAAAUAAGUGACGCUCUCAGUCGUAGCGAGAAAUUAACCAUGUUGGAGACCUUUCCAAAGAAACUUGUUGACGUAAUUUUCAGCACGUAUAGACAGAAAUUGAAGCUGGUCCGGGCCCACCAAGAGCAUAACAAACCAUACGAGAGUCUGUGCUCUGCAGUAGUAGAGAAAUGUCGUUUUGUCUUCUACUGUUUACAUCCUGCGUCUGGUGUAAAAAAGCGCGAUGAAAGUAUUUCACGAAAGCAGCUUACUACCUCAAGAUGGCAGGAAGCCGUACAGCGUUUGACUGUGGCCGAAGGGACAUUUUGGGACACAGCGAUAUGGUGGAGUGAAUCGAAAGCAAAGGAAAAGAAGAGUGACCUAUAUUUUGGGGAAGAUGAGAAUGUUUUUGCAAAACAAGUGACAGAAGAGUUGUAUGAUUUUGUUUGUGAUGAAUCGCUGAAUUUAGACACCAUUCGGAAAUGCUUCCUGUAUCAGAUCAAACGAGUGAAACAGCGCUUGAUUUCCGGUUACAUGAUGCAGUCGUACAUAUUAAGAACCGGAAUGAUUCCGUCUGCUCGUUUCAGUUUGCUCUAUGGCUGGAUGGGAAUGGAGUUCCAGUGUGGUAUCACGAGUAAACCAAAGCCGGGGAUUGGAAACAACAUUGAACUCGUUUCUACUGAAGAGCUUGUGAAGUUAAGAUCUGUUUUCGAUGUCAUUGCUCACUGGGCGGUUGAUUUGUUGAGGAAGACUGUAAGGGACCUCAGCGAGGCUGUUGCAUCUUGCAAGGAGACUGUGGAUGUGAAAGAGGUUGUUCUUCUGCAUGCACGAACGCUAACAGCAGUGCUUGGAAUGUUGACGUCACAGAGCCAUUUUGACAACAUCGAAUUGCUAGUACACAAUGGAAUAUUUGCUUGUAUUCAGUCGAUUUUGAACUGUCUUGAGAAGGCCAUCGGCGAGGAGUAUGAAUUUGAUCAUCCUUGCCCAAUGACAGUUAUUGUUGAUGAAGCUAGACAUCACGUGACCAGUAUUCGAAAUCUUACUGGUGCAGAAAUGGCCAACCUUAUGAAAUCAGGAACUCGUGUGAUUCGUGGUGUGGACUGGAAAUGGGGUGACCAGGAUGGCCCUACUCCAAGCCAGGGACGUGUCAUUAGUGACAAUGUUGGAGAAGAUGGUUGGGUACGUGUGCAAUGGGACACUGGGAGUACAAAUUCAUAUCGUAUGGGAAAAGAAGGGAAAUAUGACUUGAAACUAGCGGAGCCAUUGGUUGCUGCAGAAACAAGUGAUGAUGACAGUGAUGGCUACAAAGAUAGAAGAAAGAAUUCUGAAUUAAAGGACCAAGACCAGGUUUUGCUCUUAUUGCAUCGUGCUUGCAUGAACGUUCUGCAGCACACUGCUAUCUUGGUAUGCCUGAAAUCAACUUCAGUCAAAGACAGGACAGUUCGUGUUGUAUGUAGCCUGUUCAUGAAGAUCAUAAGAGGGGCCUAUUUGGAAAAUAACGUCGCUUUUCAUCGACAACACGAGGACUGGGUAGCAAUGGGCAUAUUACGUGGACUUUGCUCCUCCUACCGAUUCUGCGAGGCAUUCAGUCAACAAAAUCACAUUAAAUCGUUUUUAAACGUUGCGAAGCAGCUGGUCGCCAAGGAGGAAUCUUCAGAGACAUCCCGUGCCUCAUCAGUCUCGAUUCAGGUUUUGGUAUUGAGACUUCUUGGAAAUCUAUUGCCUUAUAUAUCAGAUCCCAAAAACGAGCCAUUUAUUGACUCAGUUGUACAUCAGCUUGUUACGCUUUUGGGAGAGAUUCUAUUGAAAGACGUUGACUUUAUCGAGUUUGCUGCCGAAGGGCGUAACACAUUAAAACGCAAGCGCCGUCAGGCUUCAGUAACGGCUUCGGCACGAGGUACAGUUGCUGAAGAGCUUGUCCAAGUGAUCAGAAAGCUACAUUCAAGACCUCAAUGGGACAAGUCUGUGUCAUACGUCAUAGAGGAAUCUUUAGAGAAGCUGCCGAAAUUCUUUAGUUCAAGAGUUAAUGCUUUCACAGAUGAUGCAUCUGUUAGAUUGACAUCUUGUAGCAGCCAAGAUGAUGCCGCUGUUGUUGCAGUCUUGGCUAUAAUUGGAGGGGCAGACCAUCGCGUCAGGCUGGGGGGGACCGUUGAAAAUGAAGAGCACGGCAAGGGCGUCGUCACCAGAAUAACAAAAAGUGGGAAGAUUUGUGUCCAGUGCUAUGAAGACGAGCAGGUUAUCAAGAACAGCCCACUUUCAGCUUGGAAAGUGGUGGAGCCAGUGCAUUUUGAUGUAGAGAAAAUGCAAACAUUGUCUUCAAUGAGAGAAGUUUUGCCAUCUGUUCUCCAUCUUGCGAUUCUGACAAGAGCAACUGGCGAUUCAGCGAAAAGUUUCAACAACGAUGAUCCGAAUGGCCAAAGUUUAGAUUCAGUGCUGGAUCGCAACCUUAAAAUGCAACAAAUCGAACUUGGUGUACUCAUGGCAGCCCGUGCUUUGCUACCCCAUAGCAACCUGAUUGGCAACCUCGUUUUCAAGCCUGCGUCGAAAGGCGAGGGUGUCAGUAAUCCAUGGCUGCUUGAAGAACUGUUUACUGCCGCUUUAAAGUCAGCGCCUAUCAGGUCAAUAUACGACAGAAACGAAGUCGAGACAGCUGCUUUGUCUUUGAUUGAGUAUCUUCUAUCGUCGACAAGAUCGUCACAGAGACCUGAAAAAUCAUCAACACGAAAGUCUGAGAAACAGUUAAAACCAGCGCGUCGAGCCCGAAGACGACGAAACAGCAGCACGAGGCUACCAAACCCUCCGUUAGUUGUGCAACAGAUUGUUGAUAUGGGCUUUCCGAGGUACAUGGUAGAAAAGGCGCUAAAAGAGAUGGGGGACGAAACGAUAAGGCCAGAGAUGAUUGUCUCUUGGCUGCUUGAUCACCCCGAAAUAUCGCAAGAUCCAGCAAACACCGAGCCUCAUUCGGAUGUUGAAGUUGAAUUGAGUAAUGAUAACGAUAGUGAGGCUGGCUCCGGACAGGGUAACUUAGACUCAAGUAGUGAAUCUGAAUGCGAAACAGUCGAAUCCGAAGUAAAGCCGUUGUUUCAAACAAGGGACGAUUUCAAAACGCCAGAAGAAUACGAAAAGUAUAUAGCAGAUAAUGUUCGAAUUGGCACUACAAUUAGUUAUAAGGACAACGAGGGGACAAGUUCGGAAACAGGGACAGUUGUGAAGGUUUGUUUAGACAGCAACAAUGCGAUGUCAAUUGAAAUACAGACUUGCAAUGGAAAGACUCGCCAUAUUGCCCCAUCUAACGUCGAGUUCAUAAAGUCUCAAGGAAUGAAAAUAAAAGUUGGUGACAUGGUCCGCGUGAAGUCGAACAUCUUAUCACCGAAGUAUAAGUGGGGUGCAAUAAACCAUUCCAAUAUCGGAAUGGUAAAAAAGAUUAGUCCGGACGGUGUCGAAUGUCAGGUUGAUUUUGUGCAACAAACUGGUUGGACUGGUCUAGUUGCUGAAAUGGAACUUACCGCGUCAGCGCAUCCUGGCAUAAGCUGCGAUGGCUGCUACUCAAACCCGAUAGUGGGUUCUCGCUUCAAGUGUAUGACGUGUUACAAUUUCGACCUUUGCGAAGAGUGUUACAACGAGAUGGGAAACCACGGACACUCCUUCUAUAGGUACGAUGAGCCAGGAAAGUCUCCACUUAAAUAUACCACUCCGCCAAAACAAAAGGGCCCAAAAGCCAGUAAAAAUGAUGUUAUUGUGACAAAUUUGAGCAAGUGUGUUAAAGACAUUUGGUUGAUACCUGAUAUUUCUUGGAAUGGCGCACCAAUUGAGCUUAGAAGAGCUUAUAGAUUGCAGACAGGAUCGAAGCAAAAGACAUGUCUUUGCUUGGAGAUGUACCCUGGCCUAAAGAUAAAAAACUUAAGCUUGUCCCUAGACCUUUCAUGUCCAGACUGUGUUCUUUCAUCGGCGAUUAUCAGUGUUGGUACAAGCGUCGUUGCGAUGAGAAAGCACUCAACUGUGCAGAUUGAUGUCUUUAAAAGCUCUGUUACUCUUCUUGAAAAUAUGGAUGAGGACUACAAGUUCAUCGAGAUUGAAAUAAACCUGUGCUUUGCCUGCCUUGUCGCUUGCAAAGGCAGUCGUUUGAGCAUAGAAUGCAGCAGAAAGGCACCAGUUUCAGGCAUACCGUCCUGUUUAAAAUUUGUGGCUAAGGACUGUCAAGAAGAACUUGAUCGAAAAUCACAAAGACCUGUGUUUAAGGCGACAGAGAGUGCCACGAAAAAGCCUGCCAAUCAGAGAGAGAGCAAAGUGUUUGUCUGGGGUCUUAAUGACAAAGAUCAGCUUGGCGGCCUUAAAGGGUCUAAGGUGAAGACGCCAAUAUUGUCGCAAGCCUUGUCUGCUCUGAACUGUCAUCAAAUUGUUGGAGGCUCCAAGACCAUUUUCGCAGUCUCAUUUAGUGGCAAAGCAUACGCUUGUGGUGAAAGUAUAAAUGGUAGGCUUGGCCUCGGCCCUGUCAGUGGCAAUGUUUCCAUUCCGAGGCAGAUAGAAGGACUAGCUUCAGUCAUUGUUAAAACGAUCGCUGUGCAUUCUGGGGGCCGUCAUGCAAUGGCUUUAACGACGGAAGGAAGAGUUUAUUCUUGGGGUGAAGGGGAAGAUGGUCAGUUAGGCCACAACAAUAGACUGGUUUACGACUUUCCAAAGUUGGUCGAAGCUUUAGAUGGACUUACGGUCAUAGAAAUCGCGGCUGGAAGCGCCCACAGUGCGGCAAUCAUCAGCGAAGGAGAUCUGUAUACCUGGGGAUGCGGAGCAUACGGUCGCUUAGGGCAUGGUGAUGUUGAAAAUCAACUGAAGCCGAAAAUGGUGAAAGUCUUCUCUGGCAGACGCGUGGUUCAGGUCUCAUGUGGCAGUCGCGACGCCCAAACAAUUUGUCUAACCGAAGAUGGAUGUGUUUGGUCAUGGGGUGAUGGAGAUUUCGGGAAAUUAGGAAGAGGGGGCAGUGAUGGGUGUUUGUUACCUUUGAAAAUUGAAAGACUAAACGAAGUUGGUGUUUGCAAAGUUCUCUGCGGUGCACAGUUUUCACUGGCAUUAACGUCUCAAGGGAAGGUAUACACUUGGGGUAAAGGAGAUUACUAUCGGUUGGGGCAUGGAAAUGAUUCCCAUAUUCGGAGGCCGCAGGUCGUCGAGUUUUUGAAAAACAAGAAGAUCAUUGAUGUUAGUGUUGGUGCGCUGCAUUGUCUAGCUGUCAGUGAUGAUGGACAGGUACUUGCUUGGGGAGACAAUGAUCACGGACAGCAAGGAAACGGCACAGUCGCUGUAAAUUUCAAGCCGGCAAAGGUUCUCGGGAUUGAUGGCUACAAAAUAACAAGAGUGGCUUGUGGUUCAUCUCAUAGCAUUGCUUGGGCGGAGCUGAACGUAGCACCCCAGAUAUUGUUCGAUCCUGUCGAGCUAAAAUGUGCAAAAGAUCCCCUAGGAAUGAUAUACGUGACAAACGAGUUUGAACAGAAGAAAACCAAAGAGAACGUAGGACAGCAUAUUCGCAGGCUGCGAUCUUCACUAUCAAAGGAUGUCCUACAUCUCAAAACUAACGAAGAAAAACAACUGUCCCUAACUCUGAUCCUUGAGUCUCUGCGAGUUUGCUAUGCACGAGAUGCCUUGAUAAAAAUCCUGGGAGACCUUCAGGAGAUAUCUUUAGAGUCGUUGGAUCAAUGCAGUGGUGAUGACGAUGCUACCACAACGCCAUCGGCAUCAAAUACCGAUGCCUCGCAAACAGCAACAACACAAAACAUUGAAACUGCUAAAAAGAAACCAGGGUUUGUUCUUUCACGGUCAAAGGUGAAAUUGCUCGUCUCGUUAUUGAAGCUCGGCUUUUCAGGUCGCUUGGAUGAAAGCCAGCGGGAAGGCCUCAUAUCAAUUCUUAUUCAUUCUGCCAAAAGAGACAAAGAGAUAGCACAAAUAUUGCUUCACGAAUGCACGACUGAAAUCGAAGAUGUUGUCACGGACCAUGAAUUGCGGAAGAAGGAAUUGCACCCCGUGACACAGGACAGUCCACAUCCUUACGAUGGAGUUAAAAAACUUAACGGACGCAUACGAAUCCCAGGUGCAGAGAAUUUGCGCAUUGAAUUUGACAAAAGUUGCGCCACAGAAUAUGGGGUCGAUAUAUUAUCGAUCAUGGACGGAAAUGGGAGAACUCUGGCUGUCCGAUCAGGCAGCGAUCCAUCGGACUGGAAAAACAGUUUACGUGUGACAGGAGAUGAAGUGCGAUGGAAGUUCAUUGCACAAAGCAAAUGGAAUUUGUGGGGCUGGAGAUUCGUUGCCCACCCUGUGACUUCGAGCUCGGUUUUAGACUAUUCUCAAGCCUCAGACACAACUGCUCUUGCUGUACCCUCGUUGGAACUUGCCAAAUCGUUGCUAAGUCACGAUAUCGAGCAGAUGACUGGCCCCGGAUCCCACUGUAAUAGGCUGACCUUUGCUUUGUCGGCAUGCGCACAAGUACCCUCAUUAUCCGCUGACCAGAGAUGUUGGAUAUUUUGCAAGCUAAGGAUAUUUUAGUGUCGGAUAUCGCACCGCCUAUUGAUGUUCCAGAUCUUCUUGGUUGCAGUGACUAUGGAGAUGACGUGCCAAGUAUAUUCAAAUACAAAAGUACAGGCGACGCGAAGACGAAAGAAAUAAUGUCAACCUCUCCGCUUGGCAGUUUAAUCAGAGGCCUCCCAGAUGCAAUGCGAAAACAGUAUGGAUUCGAGGCUAAAGCUGGACAGCACCUUUUCUACAGCUCGUUUCUAAGG